UUUUGGCACACCCGGCCCGAAAGAGAGAGAGAACCGAAGAAGCAGAGGAGGUUCCGUUCCCCAUCCUCUUCCUCCUCCCCUCUCCCCCGUCUCCCUCUCGAUCGGUAUGUGCCUUAAUCUCUCGAUCUAGCCCUAAUUCGAUCGAUCGAUCGAUCUCUCCCCGCUUCCUGUCGCUCUGAUCCGAUCUCGUUUUCGCGCUCCGGAUCGGGAGGUCGGGAUUCGGCGGAUCGAGAUCUGAUGGCGUCGACGGCGGCGGCGGCGGUGGCGGCGUCGCGGCGGCUCCGGGAUCUGCAGUCGCAGGCGGGGAACAAGACGUGCGUGGACUGCGCGCAGAAGAACCCACAGUGGGCGUCGGUGUCGUACGGCGUUUUCAUGUGCCUCGAGUGCUCGGGGAAGCACCGGGGCCUCGGCGUCCACAUCAGCUUCGUCCGAUCCGUCACCAUGGACUCGUGGUCCGAGAUCCAGCUGAAGAAGAUGGAGGCCGGGGGAAACGAUCGCCUCAACUCCUUCCUCGCCCAGUACGGCGUCCCCAAGGACACCGACAUCGUUGCCAAGUACAACUCCCGCGCCGCCGCCGUGUACCGCGACCGCAUCCAGGCCCUCGCCGAGGGACGCCCCUGGCGCGAUCCCCCCGUCGUCAAGGAAACCCUCUCCGCGUCCUCCGCCGCCGCUGGAUCGCGGAAGCCGCCCUUGGCCGCCUCCGGAUCGGCGAGUAACGGGGGAUGGGACAGCUGGGAUUCCGAGGAUUUCCGGCCUGCUUCAGACGUGAGGAGGAACCAGUCAGCAGGGGAUUUUAGGUCUUUGGGGAUGGGGGGCCAGCACCCGUCCAGAUCCAGAUCGACGGAGGACAUCUACUCGCGGGCGCAGCUGGAGGCCUCCGCGGCGAACAAGGAGAGCUUCUUCGCGAGGAAGAUGGUGGAGAACGAAUCGCGCCCCGAGGGGCUUCCACCAUCGCAGGGAGGGAAGUAUGUGGGGUUCGGAUCUACCCCGCCGCCAUCUGCUGCUCGGAGGAAUGCUCCUCAAGGGGACAUGCUGCAGAGCACUGUUUCUGUAGUCUCUCAGGGUCUUGGCCGUCUUUCACUGGUUGCGGCUUCUGCUGCGCAGUCUGCUGCUACUGUUGUCCAAGCAGGCACAAAGGAGCUACAAUCUAAGAUGAAAGAAGGUGGCUAUGAUCAGAAGGUCAAUGAAACUGUAAACGUGGUGAGCACGAAAACCACCGAGAUAGGGGCAAAGACAUGGGGUAUAAUGAAGGGCGUUAUGGCGAUGGCCUCGCAAAAGGUUGAGGAAUACGCCAAGGAGGGUGGGAUCAGCUGGAAAGGUGAUGAUUGGCAAAGAAAAGAGCCGGACAGAAACGGGUACUACCAAGAAUUCAACCAGGAGAGCAAUGGCUGGAACAACUCCGAAGAUGAUUCAAGAAAACGCUACAACUCUGUGAGCUCAUGGGACGACUGGGACAACAAGGAAAAGAAGGCGGAACCCGAGAAGACUGGCGGCCAAAGUAGCGACAGCUGGGCGGGUUGGGACGACGUGAAGGAUGAUGGAUACGAGAACUACAGCUCUUCUAACAAGGGGAACACUCAGAAUGGGAAAUCUGGUUCUUUGUGGACUGAUGGUGGGUUCCUCUGAGGUUAGAUGGUUGCUUCUUAAGAUCUUAUCAUUUUCCUUUUCUGUAGUAUGUGUACGAGAAGAGUCGCUUGUUUAUUGCUGGGUUCUGUCUCCUCCAUAAUUGAUGUUAAACUCUGUUUGGAUGUUCUUAUUUUUGUAUUUUUGCAACUGUGAUAUUCAAUCAUAUAUUUAUAUGUGGACGGAGUUAUAAUUUUAGUUUGGAAAAUUUGCCUCCUGAUGCCUUAAAGAAGGUCUUGGGAUUUUCUUUU